CCGACCUCGGGACAUGGCGAGCUGCUUCAUCUCCUCCAAGUUUGUAUAUAUAUAUUCCCCUCAUUGGUUUUUGGGACACUGGUCGAUGCUGUGUUUUGUCUUGGAAGCUACAUUGUACAUAGACGUGCAUCAAGCUGGUCAGCUUUCUCGUUACUUCCCUCGCAUGAACUUCCUAGCUGCCACGUUCGAGCAAUGACGAGAACCAUAUUACCGAGGGGCUUCAGGACCCAUAUAGCUCCAUACCGAGCUCUAUCCAAGUACGGCACGUAUGGCAAUGUGGCGCCUUUCUCGACAACGACUGUUCGCCGGUCGUAUGCCGACACCAUCCAGAAUCUCAAGAUAGGCAAGCACACGCGGGUUCUAUACCAAGGUUUUACCGGACGCCAAGCUACCAUGAAUGCGAAGGAGUCGAUAGAGUACGGGACCAAUGUCGUAGGCGGUGUGAAGCCCGGCUUCGAAGGCGAACAUCUGGGUCUGCCAGUCUUGCCGAGCGUCAAGGCUGCCGUGGAGAAGCUCAAACCAGAUGCUAGCGCCAUUUAUGUGCCCGGAGAUGGUACUGUUGCCGCCAUGGAAGAGGCUAUUGAGAACGAGAUCCCCCUCAUUGUGGCCGUUGCAGAACACAUACCUAUUCAUGACAUCAUGAGAAUACACCAGAUGCUGCGGACACAGUCAAAGACGAGAUUAGUCGGUGCAAACUGUCCGGGUAUUAUUAAUACCCACGGCCGUUGUCGACUCGGUUUCCAGCCGUUGCCCUUUUUCAAGGAGGGCAAUGUAGGGAUCGUGGCCAAGUCAGGUACACUAAGCUAUGAAGCUGUGGCAUCUACCACUCGUGCCGGCCUUGGUCAGACAUACGGCAUUAGCAUGGGUGGUGAUGUACUUGCUGGGACAAAUUUCGUCGAAGCAUUCCAGAUCCUAGCAGAAGACGAGAAGACAGAAGGCAUCAUUAUGAUCGGCGAAAUUGGCGGAAGCGCUGAACUCAGAGCUGCCGAAUGGAUCAAGGAGUACAACCGGCGGACAGCGAACCCCAAGCCGUUCAUGUCUGUCAUUGGUGGCGUCCAAGCUCCUUCAGGUCGGAUCAUGGGACAUGCUGGAGCCUGGGCUGCCCCUGGAGAAGCCUCUGCUGCGCAGAAAAUCAAGAUCUUACAAGACGCUGGCGUUACCGUGGUUGACCAUCCCGAAAAGCUUGGAGAGGGCAUGAAGAAACUGUUAGCUGAAAAGUCCAGGUCCGGCACAGCCUCGGGCUCGGGUCCGUCACAGCAGAGGAGAGGUUAUCAUACCAUGCGGCGGCGACCCACGGCUCAUGAAUCGAAGAGAACGACCGUUGAGCAGCGCCGGACGCUGUACAUCAAGAAAUCACAGGCCUUUGACAUGCUCAAGGAGAGAGGAAUCAAGACGGCCGAUGCUCCUGCAUCAAGUGACGAGAAGUUCGUUGCUGUUUCGAUUGAUCGCGAUUUCCGGCAGCCGUGUAUCAUCGCAUCCCCGACGACAGAUCCUUCCAGAGCCUUUGACCAGUCUCGAAAAUUCCCAUUCGGGUACGGGACCGACGAGGCCACGUCGGAGAAGCUGCUCGAGGACGUUUCCUCGCAUCUGGGUAUCUCUGGUAAGGGCAAGCAGGGACUAUCUACACUCAUCACUGAACUUGUUGGUCUUUUCAUGGCCAAGGAGGCAUUUGUCCUUCAAACCAAGAUUGCAAUUGAUGACAAGGGCGAGCUGCAAGUCCAAGGCGCAAAAUUCGGCUUCGACGAUGCCGCAUUCCGAAGCUCAAAGAGACAAGCUGACGUGCAUGCCCUGAGGGACAUUGACAGCGAAGUCCGGGAAGAAGUUGAAGCCGAGAAGGAAGGCAUGAUAUAUGUGAAACUUGAAGGCGAAGGGUCAAUCGGGACGAUCGUCAAUGGCGCUGGAUUAGCCAUGAACACUGUUGACGCACUGGUCGCUCGAGGCGGGUCACCAGCCAAUUUCAUGGAUACUGGUGGCAAGGCAACGUCCGAGACGAUCAAGGCUGGGUUCAGGAUUGUGGUUUCUGAUCCCAGGGUCAAGGUCAUCUUUGUCAACAUCUUUGGCGGAUUGACGCUGGGUGAUAUGAUUGCCAAUGGUAUCCUGAUGGCGUUCAAGGAUUUGGAUCUGAAGGUGCCGGUCGUGGUGCGCAUACGUGGAACAAGGGAGGCUGAGGGGCAGAAGCUCAUUCAAGAGAGUGGGCUCAAAUUGGAUGCGUUCGAUUCAUUUGAAGAUGCAGCAGCACGAGCGAUAGCGAUCGCGAAGGGGACGGCCACAAUGGACUAGGUGGUACAUCUGGCGUUCUCAAAAGCUUCACAGCAUUUUUGCAUCACUUGGAGCGCACCUUGGAGGCUGUGUUGGAUGGGAUGACGGCGCUUGGAAUAUCUUCAUGCUUUCCGUGGGAUUGUCUUUUACCCUGUUUGUGGCGGAAGGCCCGGUUCCAGAUGGACAUGCAGAUAGACUUUCAGGAUGAGAUGUGCCAUACGUGCUUGGAUGAGAGGGACGUAAAUAGACGCAGAGGUUCGAGGUGGUCGUGGACAAAAUGUGCAUACCGCCAUGUUGGACCAUGUGUGCUUCUGAAGUUGGAAAGGGCCGUGUACUUGGAAGCCGUCGUGGCGGUCUCCUUUGUGAUCGCUGCAGAGGUUCUAACACGCUGACAGAGUCUAAGCAUUUCAGAUGCUUGUGCUGGGCCGUUCGCAUCAACUCUUGCCUGAUACGAUGCUGCUGACUCGCCCCAGGGACCGACGUCGACGCGCUGACUCGAUGGGGACGUACUGUAGAGAUGCCUCUACCGGCUUGUUGCGGACACCGCUGCUCCCACACAUGGCAGACCUGGGACUGUGGGAAGUGGCAGACUAUGCGGUGGGCGUC